AUGACAGUCACUUAUUCCAGCAAAGUAGCAAAUGCCACUUUCUUUGGAUUUCACAGAUUACUCCUAAAGUGGAAAGGCAGCAUCUACAAAUUGCUGUACAGAGAAUUUAUUGUUUUUGCUACUCUUUACACAGCGAUAAGUGUAUUAUACAGAUUUUUUCUUACAGGAAGCCAGAAACGAUUCUUUGAAAGAUUAUCAAUUUACUGUGACAAAUAUGCUGAACAAAUCCCUGUAACUUUUGUGCUUGGCUUCUACGUCACUUUGGUGGUGAAUCGUUGGUGGAACCAGUUCGUGAAUUUGCCUUGGCCAGACCGACUUAUGUUCUUGAUCUCUAGCUGUGUUCAGGGAAGAGAUGAAUAUGGUCGCUUGAUAAGAAGGACUCUAAUGCGUUAUGUGAAUUUAACGUCUCUGCUCAUCUUCCGCUCCGUGAGCACCGCUGUCUACAAAAGGUUUCCCACCAUGGAUCAUGUGGUAGGAGCAGGUUUUAUGACAAGAUAUGAAAGAAAAAUAUUUGAUGAUCUUAAGUCUCCCCAUCUUAAAUACUGGGUUCCGUUUGUCUGGUUUGGAAAUUUGGCAUCAAAGGCACGAAAAGAGGGUAGAAUCCGAGAUAGCGUAGAUCUGCAAACACUGCUGAAUGAGAUGAACAAGUACCGGUCUUGGUGUAGUCUUUUGUUUGGUUAUGACUGGGUUGGAAUUCCGCUGGUCUAUACGCAGGUUGUUACUCUUGCGGUCUAUACUUUCUUCUUUGCCUGCCUGAUAGGGCGUCAAUUUUUGGAUACUGACCAAGGGUAUCAGGGACAUGACUUAGAUCUUUACAUUCCGAUCUUCACACUGUUACAGUUCUUCUUCUACGCAGGAUGGCUCAAGGUGGCCGAGCAGCUUAUUAACCCGUUCGGAGAAGAUGACGACGAUUUUGAAACUAAUUGGUGCAUCGAUAGAAAUUUACAGGUCUCGCUUCUGGCGGUGGAUGAGAUGCACAUGAACUUACCGAGGAUGGAGAAAGACAUUUACUGGAACGACUCCUCUGCCCGGCCACCCUACACCAAGGCAGCCGCCGAUUACUGCAUCCCCUCGUUCCUCGGGUCGACUAUCGAAAUGGGGCUGGCUGAUACAGAGUUCCUCUAUGGGGAAGAGUGGCCGUGGGAGGAGGAGAAACACAGAAGACAACAUUCGGUGCUAAGAAGAGUUAAGAGAUUUCUCAGUGUUCAUGAGAAUCCUUCAUCCCCUGCUCACCGGCGCUACAAUCGGCAGACAAGUGAGAAUUCAGUGUUUUUCCCAGCAGACGAAAAGGGGCACAUCAGAAAUUUGCAAGAAAUGCACAAGAGAGGGAGACAUUCUACCUCCAGCUUCAAGAAGAAACAUGAAGGACCUGACAGAAGUAAUAGACUUCAUAGCAGCAGAGAUCUAGGACCUAUAACAGAAACCUCUAGGAAUGAGGCACAGUUUAGUGACAGUGACAGCUCAUCUGAGACAAACAAGCCCGUUCCCAAGGUUAGCAUCUCUGAAGCUGGGAAGAAGGCACCUGAUGUGCUGGGCAAACCGAGUCAGCAAACCGAUUGCACUACAAGCGUGCCAGAAGAAGACAAGCGCCAACAGAAUCUAACUGAGACAGAUGUGACUCUUCUAGAUCUUCCACUUGUCGCUCCAGAAAUGUCUACGUACCACCCUAGCUCUGAAACACAUCAGUCACUUCCUAGUAUGAUAGGGAAGCCCAAACAUGAAACACACAGUAGUAGUAUAGCAGGUUUCAUAACAGAUCAUGACAGAAGCCCUCAGCGAUGGAGUUUGCCAAGUUUCCACAGUCAUAGUACAAUGUUAAAUGCCGACUCUGCACCUCCUUUAGCAGAUUCUGGGACAAUGUCACAACAAAGGACCUUAAGUGAUGGAAAAGAUAUUCCUACUGCUGCUGCUCCAGAUACAUCAGAAAUGCCUCGCUUAUUGGAACACCUGGAUACUAAAGAAACAGCUAUAGUAGAAUUUUCUAAUGAGAAAAGUGAAAGAAACCUUUGACUGUGCUUCCUCUGAGUAUGACUAAACUUCCUGUCUUUUCUUGAAAGUCGUUCUCACACAGAUUUUUUUGAAAAUACAGAAUGGCAGACACAAUGUUCAGGAAAGUCCUGGGCAAAUAACAGAGGAUUUGGGCACCUAAAUGUAAA